AUGGGACAUGAGAAUUCCAGCACUAUCACCGAGCUGGUCCUGGUGGGAUUUUCCAAUUUCCCACAGGCUGAGAUUCCCCUUUUCUUUGUCUUCUCACUGGUCUACCUGGUGAAUGUCUUUGGAAACACAGUUGUCAUCUCUUUAGUAGUUCUUGAUUUCUCUCUCCGGAUACCCAUGUAUUACUUUCUCUGUCAUCUUGCCUUUCUCAACCUGAUUUUUAGCACACUUGUUGUCCCCAAGAUGCUCUUUAACCUCCUGGCAAUGAGGAAAGUUAUAUCUUACAAUUUCUGCCUUGCCCAAACUUACAUCACCUUAUUCCUUGAGUCAACUGAGUGCUUUCUGCUUGCAGUGAUGGCUGUGGAUCGCUAUGUGGCCAUUUGGUACCCACUAAGAUACCUGCACAUCAUGAACUCUUCUGUGUGUCUGGCACUGACCCUGGGGACCUGGACCGUUGGCUUUUUUGCCUCAGUGGUGCCACUUUACUUUGCAAUGCUUCCACUUUGUGGUCCUUAUAUUAUUGAUUAUCUUUUCUGUGAAUUGCCUGUCAUUCUUCACAUCUUCUGUGGUGAUACUUCCCUGCAGGAGACCAUGAUGGUGGUAGGAGGCAAUGGAACUGUGUUAUUUCCAUUUCUCCUCAUUAUCCUCUCCUACCUUCACAUACUCGUGGCAGUAAUGAGAAUAGACUCAACAGAGGGCAGGAAAAAAGCUUUUUCUACCUGUACUCCCCACUUGAUUGUUGUGACUAUAUAUUAUGGAACUGCAUUGGUCAGGUAUAUGAGACCCAAGUCUCUGUACUCAGCAGAGGGAGACAAAUUUAUCUCCUUAUUCUAUGUAGUCAUCAUUCCAAUGCUGAAUCCUUUCAUUUACAGCCUGAGGAACAAGGAAGUGAAGGGGGCCAUGCGAAGAAUCAUGGGGAGAUUCCAAAAAGCCAACAAAUCCCAUAGCAGAAUUUUUAAAGGUUAA